AUAGGCACUGCAGUUUUCAUUGCGGGCAGAUCGUUGCGCAGCAGACACGUUGAAACUCUCCUUUCUAGAGAAACUCGGAAGAGAAUGUCUGAGACUCCGGCGGACAUGGUGGGCUGGUUCCAGGGGGCGGUGAAGGAAUACGACGCCUUCUGUCUCGUCUACUACCGCGGACGCUGGUGACCCUGGUGUCCCAAAUAUCUCAAGUCAGUGGAUGACUUGUUGGAGGGGCUGCAGGGGCAGAAGGUUGGGGUGUUUGCUCUGUGUGGUCAGCCAAAGAGUGAAGUGGACCUCAUGAUGUCUGAACACAGCCUCAGGUUUAAGUGUUUCUCUGACCCUGAGAACGUGCUGCAGAAGUGGCUCAAGGCUCAGAAUAUCAUCGACGUACAAGUGCACUCAGGCGAGGGAGAAGAAGUGUAUUUCGAGAUCAAGAAAUACAAGCCGCACGGGAUGGUCCAGCCGGCCGUUCUCUUUGUCAAGCCAGACAUGAGCGUUCUGGCAAAGUGGGUACAAAUCCCUACAAAAGAGAAUUUUCAUGGAGCCAAAGACCGCAAGCCAUUCCCCGAUAUCUGGGCCGAGGCAAAAGCUAAAAUGUAGACCUCCUUUCCUCUUGAAAAACUAGUGAAAAUAGCUAUAGUAGAUGUAUAUUAUUAUACCAUGUGUUUGUUUUGUGGGUUUGUGUGUUGCCAUGACGAGGGUGUGUCUCAACCAGUGCAGUGCUGGGGACCAUCUCUCUGACUCAUCAUGUGACAUAAUUCCCACUCUAACCUUCACACUGUGUCUUAUUGCUACAGAUCCGAGAGGCGCAUGCGCACUAACAGCAGAUU